AUGUCAUCUUCUGUGGUAAAAUUUGCUUCUCAAGACAGUAAUCAUGAAGAAGGGAAUCAAGAACUGUUUGAUAUGAUCCACACAGGUGAUCCAACGGCUCCAAACAUCUCACUCCCAGCCGAGACUUUUCUCAAAGCUGCAAUCUCUCUCAAGGACCAGGUACUGGAAGUGACGUGGAAGAGUCGGGGCAGUUAUGGGAGCUUGGACCCGACUGUGUAUACGGGUCUUCUGGGUACGGCUUUCACCUGCUUGAGAUCUCAUGAGGCCACCGGUAACCACCGAGACCUGCAAUUGUGCGUCGAGAUCGUGGAAGCCUGCGCUGCCGUGGCUCAUUCCUCUACUAGUAAUAGACAAAGAGAUGCCAGUUAUGCUAGGAAUGUUUGA